AUGACUCAAAUCAUGUUUGGGAUCUUCAAUACUCCUGCCAUUCAGGCUGUUCUUUCCAUUAAUGCAAGUGGUUGUACAACUGUACCUAAGACCUGGAGCUUGCCUGCUAUUUCCAUUCCAAGUUCAAGGCUAGCAAGUCCAGUACAUAUACAAAGAAUGGGAAGUCUUUAUUCAAUUCAUUAUGGCUCUGGAUUGAUUUCUGGACAUUUUAGGCAAGAUAAUAUUGGAGUUGGUGAUGUUGUGGUCAAAGAUCAAGUUGUUAUUAGGAGUUCAAAACACAUCUUGGCUGUAGGAGAAAAAAUAGUUUUGAGUUAUUUAGAGAGCUUGGUGGGUUCAGACAACGAUGAACUUGUGGAUGCUUCAAAGCUCGAAGAUAAUGUUAGCUUCUACUAA